GAGUCUUUUGCAGGACAAUGGACAUAUGCAACAUAUGCACAAUCCAGCCUUCAUAGAGACUGAGUAAGGUCGCCAUGUCCUUGAAGGACACGAAAGGAGAAGAACACGCUCAGAAGCAGACACUUCAGGAUGCAAAGGCAGACAAGAAAACCGCAGCGAGACGCAUGAAGAGGGAAGACUAACUAAAAUUAACUGAAAUAUUAAAAUGCGUGCGUAAAAAGGAUUUAACCAAUCAUGUAUCAGCUUGAGGCGUGAACAAUAGAGAAUAGUAUAAAAAUGGCUUGCUUUUUGUAAUAAAUUGGCUUCACUUGAUCAUACUGAUCAUGGCGCGAUGUCCCCUUACUGAUCCUCCGCACAUUUUGGUGCCCGAACGAGGGACCCGGAGACGGCUAUUUCACGGUGGUGAGAGGUACAGUGACAGCCUUCGGGAGGUGGAGAAGCCGGUCGAAAGUAUCCUCACUGCCCCGGCAAGAAGAAAAGGUGAAUAAAGGAGCUCCAAAUUGAAGAAGAAGUGAUCUCGCCCUGAUCAGCCGACUACUGAGAAAUCUGAACCGACGCCAACAGGAGUAUUUCAUUACUCACGUUCGCAGUCAUCAAAAUCUCCCUGGUCUGUCUGAAGGUAAUGCUCAAGCUGAUCGGUUGGUAGCUGCUGUCUGGCCAAUGCCAACCUCUGAUAAAUUUCAACAAGCAAAAAAUUCUCAUGCUUUUUUACAUCAAUCUGCAAAGAUGUUGGCUAAACAAUUUGGUAUCCCUCUUACUGAUGCCACUGGCAUUGUAUGAUCCUCCCCAGAUUGUCAAAGGGAUGGCAUUGGCUUAGGCACUGGUGUUAACCCAAGAGGUACCCAACCUUUGCAAUUAUGGCAAAUGGAUGUAACACACGAAGCAGAAUUUGGCCAGAAGAAGUUUGUACAUGUUUGCAUUGAUACUCUUGUGUUAUAUGGGCUACCCCUUCAACAGGUGAGACAGCACGUCACGUUGAGAAACAUUUGAACAAUUGCUUUGCAGUGUUGGGAGUCCCUUUAGCCAUCAAGACGGAUAAUGGCCCUGCUUAUUGAUCUUUAAAGUUUCAAUGUUUCUGUAAUUUAUGGGGUAUUCAACAUGAUACCGGUAUUCCACACAACUCUACAGGUCAGGGAAUUAUUGAGCGAGCCCAUCAGCCGUUCGAGGGCAUGCUGCAAAAAUAAAAAGGGGGAAUGGUAGGGGUAUCCCCGGAAGAAUAGACAGCUAAGGCUAUCUUUGUGCUUAAAUAUCUCAGAACAACAGGAGAUAGGGAUGAACCUCUUCCCAUUCUUGUGCAUCAUGCCCUCAUGCAUAGGCCAAGUGAGGAAUUACCUGACAGUAUUCAAGUCAUGUUUAAAAGCCCGGAAACCGGGAUGUGGGAAGGGCCAGCAGCAAUGAAAUUAAUGGGAAGAGGUUACAUGCGCUUACUUACAGAUAAAGGAAUUCGCUGGUUCCGGCCAAGUAGGUGAAACCUCACCUAAAGUCACACCUGCCAGCUCUGUCCAGAAGCAGAACGUCGGCGACAGCACCAACUCCAGACGCAGCUGAACCUGAUGCUCCAGCACCUGAGGGUUGAACAAUGGCUGAACAUUUUUUCCACAGCUAUUAACAGAUGUGGGCCAACUAGCUGGAUCUGGGGUUACAGUAACCAGUAACGACAGCCUACCACCAUUUCCAAUACGGGUCUUAUAUCAAAUUGAAUGAGCUUCUUCUGUUCAUGGCUAUUUUUGCAAACCAUGGAUCAGGGUCCAGUGUGUUAAGUGCAAACUGAAGUGAAGGCGAUAAGUCCGUCAGGAAAACAAAUCUUUUUAUACCUCACAGGAAAAAGCAAAAAUUUAGCUCUAUUAAUUUAGAUUUAAUAGAUGUUUUAGUGUACUUAAUAUGCCUACUUUUCAGCGCACGUUAGAAAUAUUUUUUGGGCCUAGUCAUAGAAGACAACCUCCCCCUGAACCCCUUAGAGGGAUAUUUUUAGAACGUUGGAAUUUUAGCCAGGAUUGAAACACGGGAUCAGCAAAGUUUGCUUUGGAUUCAAUUACAAUUGGCAAAACAGGCAAUAGCAAAUCAAGUUGUAUUGCAAAUUCAGAUUACAGCUGCAGAGUGUAGGAGAGGAAUAGCAGUGCCACAACAGCAUCACGUUUCUGACAGUCAGUGGGACGACGCCAAAGAAUAUUGGCUAAAGCGUAGACGUGAUCGGCAAAGCUGGCGACAAUGGCAAUUGUCCCGCAACUAAUAUUGAUGAUAAUCAUUACAGUAAUAGGAAAAACGCAGGGCUUGCAUAACACUGAUCAGCGAACAAACAUGUGGGUUACAUGGGCUAAUCAAACAGGGCAAGAAUCAAUUUGCUUAUCAUUGGCUACACCUUCUGAUCCUUUUUGUACUUGUUUAAUUGGAGUUCCAUUAGAUUCUAUGGAAGAAUUUGGACCUUGGACUAAGGCCACAGUGCACAAAAAUUUAAAUGAUGCUUGGUUACGUUGGUGCACAGUCCAAAGGUGGAAUAUCCAGGGCGGACCAACCUCUGCAAAUUGGUGUGACACUUUUGGGACUUCAGUGAACCCCCUGGGAGCAGAAGCUUUUACAAUUGCCCAGGGAUUGGAUAUCACUGGCACGGAGCCACAGGAGCUAGACAUCCCGGGUUCUAUGCCAGGCAAUUACUGUUUAUUUUUUGGGUAUUAUUCCGUAGGCUCAGAUUUGUUUAGCAUAAAAGAGGGACGACCAAAAAAUGAUAGCACUUGGAUAUCCCCUGGCUCCUCAUGGUACUACAAUACCACAGAUUAUUGUAACAAUUGUAUAAGGCCUUUACCAACAGAGCAAGGUGCAGCUAAAAUGCUACCUCCUGGGGUUCUCCUCAUUUGUGGGGAGAGAGCCUGGCCUGCAGUGCCCCAGAAAGCGUUGGGAGGACCAUGUUAUUUCGGCAAACUAACAUUAUUUGCUCCUAACAUCCAUCAGGUAUUUAACAUCAGUCACAAGUCCCAGUGGUCAAGACGUAGUGUGCAUCAGUUGGGCCCUGAACGUAGAGAUGAGGUACAAUUGUGGGACUCACCAUCAGUUAUAUUGGCAUCAUUUUUCACACCAGGAGUAGCCUCCGCACAUGGCCUGACACAAUUAAGGCGGCUAGCAUCACAUCCACAGUGUUAGAUGAACUCACCACUGAUGUAGGUAGCAUACACCAUGCUGUGUUACAAAACAGGGCUGCCAUAGAUUUUCUAUUGCUAGCACAAGGGCACGGGUGUGAAGAUUUUGAAGGGGUGUGUUGCAUGAAUCUCUCUGAUCACUCUGAAUCAAUUCACAAGAAACUUUCGCAACUCAAAGAAAACAUCAAGAAACUUAGGGUUGUUAAUAACACUGUUGAUGAGUGGUUAAAAUCUUGGGACAUUACAGGUUGGCUUAAAGACUUAGAUAGCUUUGGCGUUAUGGUUUUUUGCAUCAUUUUAGUAAUUUUGCUUAUUGUACCCUGCUUAUUAUAGUGUGUGCAGAGAAUAACUGAACGUGCUAUUAAUUCAGUCUGGCUUGUGCAAAAACAGGACAGGGGAACUGUUGAGAGUUUUUUGCAGGACAAUGGACAUAUGCAACAUAUGCACAAUCCAGCCUUCAUAGAGACUGAGUAAGGUCGCCAUGUCCUUGAAGGACACGAAAGGAGAAGAACACGCUCAGAAGCAGACACUUCAGGAUGCAAAGGCAGACAAGAAAACCGCAGCGAGACGCAUGAAGAGGGAAGACUAACUAAAAUUAACUGAAAUAUUAAAAUGCGUGCGUAAAAAGGAUUUAACCAAUCAUGUAUCAGCUUGAGGCGUGAACAAUAGAGAAUAGUAUAAAAAUGGCUUGCUUUUUGUAAUAAAUUGGCUUCACUUGAUCAUACUGA